UAAAACACACAGAACUUUGUUCCGUCAUGUGAUUUUUAAUUCGGUAGGGGCACCAGGCAGGGGCGAGAAUAGUUUCCCAGCACUGUUUCUAGACUCUUUCCAAUCUAAUCAGUGAUCUGUAUCAAAAGAAAGCGUGUAGAAUAUAUAAACAUUGAUAGUUGUCUUGAGAGUUGUUCGAGAUCUAUCGACCGUAAAAUGGCAACCGCUAGUAGUGGCGAUGAAGACGUGGUUGUUGAUGUUGUGGUCGUGGGUGCUGGAACUUCGGGACUUUGCUCUGCUUACGAAAUCCUCAAGGCUCAAAAGGAUUGUAAAGUGGUUGUGUUAGAGGCUAAAGGCAGGGUAGGAGGUAGACUUGACACAAAGGAGCUCAAAACUGCUACUGGGACAGAUAACUGGGACCUUGGUGGUCAGUGGAUUGGACGAACACAGCUUGAUAUUUUAGACCUGAUGACUGAACUUGGCCUUGAGAAGUUUGACCAGUGGUAUGAGGGUGAUAAACUGGUUCAUCUGAGUUCAGGAGGAAUCAAGAGGUACUCUGGUGCUUAUCCAUCAAUCUCUUACUUCUCCUUGCUCGAUAUACACCGCCUUAGUAAAAAGUUUGAAAAGAUGUGUAAGGAAGUCCCACUAGAGGAUCCACACCUAUGCCAAUAUGCUGAGGAGUGGGAUGGUGAAACUGUCGAAUCUUGGGUUAGGAAGAAUGGCUGGACUAAAGCAUGCAGGGAGAUGAUGGAGGUAGCAGUUGGAGUGGUUUUUGGCGCAACUUGUUCCCAGCUUUCUUUGCUGUAUUUUCUACAUUACGUCAAUAGCUCUGGAGGAUGGAGAGUGCUUAUUGAAUCUGGCAUGAAAGGAAGUGCACAGGAGUUUAAAAUCAAAGGAGGUGCAUUCCAAAUUCCUGUGAUAUUAGCUGAAAAGGUUGGAAUGGAUAAAGUUAGGUUGAACCAACCAGUAACAAUGAUAAAGCAGGACGAAGACAAGAUCCAUAUCCAGACUCGAAACGGCACAACUUACACAGCCAAGGCAGCGAUAAUCGCCAUCCCCCCUACGCAAGCAAAUAAGAUUGAAUUUUCCCCACCUUUGCCGUACAUGCAACGCCGAAUCCUUGACAGCAUGUGUCCAUCAAAUCUGACAAAGUUCAUCGCUACGUACUCAACUGCGUUCUGGCGGGAGGAGGGGCUAUCAGGCGAGAUUUGCCACUCAUCAGAUAGUCACUGCUGUGAGAGACAGCCUGUAGGCUUCGCUAUUGAUGGCGCCAGCAGUAGCGGUAGUCCUGCUAUAGUGGGUUUCGUCACGUCAUACGCCGCCACACGCUUUACCAACAAAACGGAAGAAGAAAAGAAAGACAUAAUUAUCAACUGCUUGUCGAAAUACAUAGGGACAAAAGCGUUAGAACCUCUUGACUUUGUAGUUAGGGACUGGUCAAGCGUGGAGUGGAAUGGCGGGUGCCCUGUGGAUGUGAUGGGACCUGGGGCUAUUACUAACUAUGGAGAUUGCAUGAGGCAGCCUUUUGAGAGGGUGUAUUGGGCGGGUACUGAGACGUCACCGGUGUGGAAAGGAUACAUCAGUGGAGCUGUAAAUGCCGGUCGAAGAGCUGCCAAAGAGGUGUUGGAGCUGCUUUACAGCUGACAAUUUAUGAAAGAGCGCCAGUAUUCUACAGAUCUUGUAGGCUCCAUGUGUACUGAUAAAGUCGGAAGGGUAUACCCAGUAGAAAAAAAUGGAGAAACGGUUUUCAAGUUUUGAAUAUUAAGUGAUUUUUAGUUGAUUAAAAUGAUUAUCCUCCAUA